GAGACCGCUAGAAAAUUUUGUGGAAAACUGUAGAGCGGAUCGGGAGACCGCUAGGAAAUUUACUGAAAAUAGUUGAGCGGAUCGGGAGACCAUUAGGAAAUUUGCUGAAAAUUGUUGAGCGGAUCGGGAGACCGCUAGGAAAUUUUGUGGAAAACUGAAGAGCGGAUCGGGAGACCGCUAGGAAAUUUACUGAAAAUAGUUGAGCGGAUCGGGAGACCGCUAAAAAAUUUUGUGGUAAACUGUAGAGCGGAUCGGGAGACCGCUAGGAAAUUUACUGAAAAUAGUUGAGCGGAUCGGGAGACCGCUAGGAAAUUUGCUGAAAAUUGUUGAGCGGAUCGGGAGACCGCUAGGAAAUUUGUGGAAAACUUUAGAGCGGAUCGGGAGACCGCUAGGCAAUUUGCUGAAAAUUGUUGAGCGGAUCGGGAGACCGCUAGGAAAUUUUGUAGAAAACUGUAGAGCGGAUCGGGAGACCGCUAGGAAAUUUACUGCAAAUUUUUGAGCGGAUCACGACACCGCUAAAAAAAUUCCAGUAGUGACCAGCAGCUACGCCAAUAUCCAGGCCAUGUGUUGAAAUUAGACCUCCUGGUAAAGGAGCCCAUAAUAUCAUCGUACAAGUGAAUAAACUGAAAAUGCACAUGUUUGUUUGUAAGUGUGUGUGCUAUGUUCCAUUACUAUUCAGAAUUCGGUACACAUAACGUUGGAAGAACGUCUUAUAAAAUCGUUUUACUACUUAUACUGUAAAUGUUCAGCUGGAAGCAAAUUUUAAGAAUAACUUUAACAAAAACAAUACAAUUCCAAAAAUACGUUAUUCAUGAGUGGUAUUUGAACGUUAUCGCAACUGAUUGCAGAACAGUUUUACUAUAUGAUAGUUUUAACAGUUUUUAACAGUUAGAUACAUAACCUAACAACAUAUUAAAAAUACGAUCAAUUCGGAAUUAACGGUUCAUGCAAUGUAUUUUACAAUUUCUAUAACAGUUAGCUUAAAGUUUUAUCUACGCCUUAUCAAAUCGUUUUGCAAUUGUUUUAAUAUGGUUAAUAUGCAUUGUCUUUUUACAGAUUUUGAAAAAAAAUCGUUGAAAAAAUAAACCAUUUGAAAAUGUCGUCUGCCGGAAAAUAUGUUCGGGCCCCUAAAUCCAACAGCGAUCCCGAAGAAUACGGCGAAAUGUAUGGCGAGUGGUCGUCAGAUGACAUGGAGUUUGAAGAACGUGAAAUUCCAAUAAACGAGAAACGUGAAUAUAAAAAAAGUGAAAACCAGGAAUACAUCCAGAAGAUAGAAAAACUGCAGAAUACUAUAGAUAAAUUAGUUAAAGAGAUGAACACUUAUCGCUCUCGUGAAGAUGACGAGUCGGUCAGAAGUUCUGCGCUUUCUGAUGAAGAUCUAAGCUGGAACAAUGCGAAGGUCAAUCCAGGUUCAUCAGCAAACUCUGGUAGUAUUCGAUGGGAAAAUAUAAAACCUUUCCCAAACGAUGUUCCGGCAAACGCUAUGUGGGAACAAUGGAACAGGUUUAUCGAUCGGUUUGAGAUCGCUACUUCCUUGGCAAAUGUGACGGACCCUGUCAAGCGCGCUCAGACAUUGUUCCUUUCGAUGGGAGAGAAACUCCAAGGAAUUACCAGGGCUGCGAGACUUCGCCCAAGUCUGACCGAACCAAACUGCUACAACCUAUUUGUCAAAAACAUCGAAAAAUAUCUGCAAUCAAUGGUCGACGUAACGGCGGAACAUGAAAUGUUUUCCAAUCUCCAACAAGGCAUUGAUGAACCAACUAUUGCCUUCCAUGCACGUCUUUUGGAAAAAGUGCGUCUCUGUCGUUAUAGUCAAACGGAUCAGGAUCGAUUCAUUCGAAUGCAACUACUUAAAGGAAUGCGUAACCGUGAGGUGGCAAAGGCGGCGAGAAUUUUUGGCUAUGAGACGACUUUUAUUGUACAGUCUGCGACUCGAGAAGAGGCAUACAUUCCGAAACCGUCACGAGUAGCUGAAUCCAGCAGAGCAUUCGUGGUGUCGCGAGAACGGAAUCGGUUCAGUGGAAAUAAACACCUGCCAAAACGCCGAUAUAAUGAUGCGGGCUGGAAUUACCCGGAAAGGUAUCGACAAGAAAGCGAGAACCAUUUUUCCGGAGAAGGAAAACGUUUUCGCUGCAAUAGGUGUAACCGUUUGUUCCACAAAUCUGGAACUUGUCCGGCAACUAAUGAGGAGUGUCGUACUUGUGGAAAUCCUGGACAUUACGCGGCAACGUGCAGGGAAAGAAAUGCCACGUACAUUCAGAAAAGGCAAAGCUCCAUUAAGGAAAGAUCGGGUGAAAAAGAUAAGCAUAGGUUCAUCGGAGCCAAUUUGUUUCCUACACGCAAAAGAAUUUAGAAAUUAAUUUGUGUGUUCUGUAGAAAAUACUUUACUUCCCUAUAACUCAUUAAUUUCACGUAAAAUCAAAGUGAACGCACACACCCAUAUUUUUAUUUUUUUUAAAGCGUGCGCUCACGCACACAAAUAAACAUUCGAUCCUUUCGUGGAAUAAAAUCAUUCAGUGCUAAAAAUUUUAUUUGUCGCCGUUCUUUCUUCCGCGACAGCAAGUGCUGUUCGUCUCCGGAUUGAAGAAAUCAUUCAAAGCGGGACUCAAAGUGAAACAGCAGAAGCACGAAUAUUUCCACCGUGGGAAUUCCUGUGUUUCCUGCCUUCCGUAUUAAACAUCCAGAGGACCAUUCGACGAAUGGAGAAUCACACCACUCGAAUCAAUCGACAGGUGCCAUCUCGGCUGAGCUGGAAACCUAGUUCAGUAGCAACAGCUGCUGUUUCAGCAGAAGUUGAAAAUUCAUCAGUGUCACUUCUCUGCAAUACACUCAGCAGCAGCAACCACAAAAGCAAAAAAAAAGAUACAUCCGCAACAAUGGAAUACGCAGCCAAAUUACCCUCGUCUUACCACAGUCAGCUAGAGAUAGUUCCGGAAGGAGAGAUAUCACAGCUGUCCGGCAGGAAUCGGCUUCCGUCGCUGUCCGCAGGUUGAACAAAUUAUCACCAUCCCCGUUCCUAGAUUCAAUAUUCAGUAUAUGACAAGUGGCAAUGUUGCUGAAAAUCUGCUGCGAUAAAACGAUGGCUACGACACCUAUUAGACGGAGUCCAACCUUUGAUUCCAUCGGAAAAUAUAGCAAGGUCGAAGACUGGAUUCGAGGAAGGUAUGAUGCUUAAGUUGCUUAUCUGCUAAACCAUUCGUCGUCCUGAGUAGCAACGGAUACUUCGGUACUCAAGUUUUCGUACAUCAUAAUCUACAUCGUUCGUACUAUGUGUUGUGGAUAAGCCUGUCAUCGAACACGUCAUCGACAAGCUGUUCAAUCUCACUGAAAGUCGGCGAGGGUGUCAGCUGUCUUGAAUCGCUACGUGUUGCCUGUGUCCGAUGAUGACCAAAUCGCUGGCAGCUUCCAUUUAUUUCAUUUCGAGUUGACGCUGAAAGUUGUCUACAUUCUAUUCCGGUGAAAUAGAUUCAAAAAGAAAAGUGUCAGUGCGUGGAAAGUCGAUUGUUGGUGCCUUAACGAUUGUUGCUGCGUAUAAGGUUUAUGUACAACAUGAACACUUUACGUGGUUAUUUGAAAAAGUCAGUAUCUGAAGCCAAGCCGUCUUUUGAAAAAAUCGACGACAAUAAAACUCAGAUUGGGCUGGAAAACGAUCAAAAGAAACAGGAUGUAAACAAACGUAAGAAACGUCGUAGUUGAGCUGCCUAUAGCUCUCUGGAUGACAGCAAAACAUUAAACCAAGAUUCGAAAACAACGGAUUGCAUUAUAUAUCUAAAAUUUAUAUGAUUUGAAGUAAUAGGCAUCUCUUAAAAAAAUUAUAGUUCUUGGGUACAUUUUGAACUAUACACCACUGUACAAGCUAUAAGACAGAAAUAGCUCAGAUCCCCACUCACAAUUCAACAAAAUAAUUUCCGCGUUUAAUGAUAAAAUAUGCUAAUAAUUGAAAUUCAUAUCUCGUGGAUGUAGUUGUGUGCUUAUUUGUAUGGAGUUUGUGUUGCGAACCAUAAAAAACAACGUUGAUUUAGAAUUAAAAUCUUGAAUUCACAAUUAUGAAUGCAAUUUCAAAUUUUCGAUUCUUAAUGUACAUAUUUACAAACUAAGAUUUACACUCAUAAUUAUAUUUUGUCUUCCACAUUUGUGAAAUAUUUAAAUAUCAUUUUCAAAAUACAAACUUUAACUACUUGGUAGAACGGUCGCUGCUAUAAAAUAUAUUUUCUGAUUUAUUUUGAAUAAAUUAUCCUUCCGAAUUUUGGUUUUCUUGAUCACACUGUAAUACAUAACAGCAUAUAGGUACACGCUCAUUUUUAUUUAACCAUAUAUGGUUAUACCAAUUUUCUGGUUUUUUCUCAAAAACUAUCAAUAUUGUUUUUUUAAAGAUUAUUUCUUUGCGAAAUUUUAACCAUUUUGGCAGUUCUCGUGUAUUAACCACAAAAUGGUUGAAACAUUUCUUCGCCAUUUUGGAUUUAACCGUGGAGCAAACCGAACGCGUUUAUUAAAAUUUGUAUUUUUUUCGCACGAAUAAAAUGUUUCAUAGUAGUAUAGUAAAUCUGUUCCUGCGAUUCGGAUGAAGCUGGGGCUGGUCGGUCGGCGUCUCUGCUGGAAUUGCGGUCGAUAUCGCUGUCUCAGGAAACUCCCGGUUCAUUCAGUACUAGAAGCAAAAAACUUGGAUUGCCUGUCAAAAUUAUUUUGCCAAUUUUUUGGUAAAUUUUGGCUAUAUCCGUCGGUGAAAAUCAGUCAAAAAUGGGAAAUAAGCCACUCCGAAAAGCUCCGGUCGGAAGAAAUCAGCAUCAUGGGAAUGGCACAGCAAAUGGUCCACAUCAAGCGGGAAGUGAACAAAACUGCCUGUAAGUCGCUGUCCGUGAAUCGGAAAACAGAACUCUGAUCAAUCAUGGUCGGCUGAUUCUGGGUUCCGGCACCGGGGCAAGUAUAUCGCUCAGAAGGGAUAAUGCACAUGUUAUCCAAGCUGGGAUUGUCGUCAACAUCGUCAACAGCAUAAUGAAAGAGGAACAGGAACAAGCUAAAGUUCGCAAGUUAGUCGAACUACAACAAAUAACUUUAUUGGUGACGCCAUCUGUUCCGCCUAUGCCUUCUGCAGAAAUGUUAGCUAGCGGUGGCUCCAGUCCAUCGCAUGAAGUUCAGGAAUUUUUAUCGCUCAAAGAAAACGACUGUCUUAAUGAGCACUAUGAUUCCGACAAUAUCCUUUUGGAAGAUACCGAUGAGAUUGCUGGUGAUGAUGACGAGUUGAAUGAUCUGGAAAACGAAAUCAUCGACGACGAAGAAACACGGUAAAAUUUCAAAAACAUAGACGACGAUGACAAUGAAUCUCCUAGCAGUAGAACCAUUGAAUGGCCGAAGGUUCCCGGAGUGCCGCUUCCUCCGUUGAAAGAUCUUCCACAGCCUUCCAUGCUUCCCAGCAUUGCUGUUGUACAAUCGAACAAACAGAUGGACGAACUAACUCAAAAAAUGGAUCGGCUGUUAGACGUAGCAGAAUUCCUCGACAAAUAACUGAACUGCGUUCGCAAGUGUCCGAUCUACAAAAAAUACGUACAGAUAAUUCGAAGUUACUCAAUGAUACUCUACGGGAGAUCGAAUCCAACAUUAUCGAGCAGACCAGUUCGGAGAAGCGCACUUUGUCCGAUAUUCAUAGUGAGAAAAUCGGAACUAUGUACAGCAAACAUUUCAGCAGCUUAAACUUUACUAUCAUGAAUUCACUAGAACCGAGAUUGACGCUCCAGAUUGUCAACCGAAUCGGGAGCAGUUGCAGCAAAAAUUCGAUUGUGCCCUCCAAGAGGGUGUACAAAAACUAUGCGUAAUCAGGUAACUAUUGAUGCUAUCGGUAAUUCCGUCUAUAAGAGUGUUCGAAAAGCAAUGGAAACAUCAUUUCAUGAAGCGUUACGAAACAUCAUUUUACCGAAUUAUGAGUGAUGCUCACAAGAACUGUUUUGGCAGCUCAAUAAAGAAUUUUCAGCAGGGUUAAAAGAAUACCUCGAUAAAACGGAAACGUAUUUAUCAUGCAGAAAACUGAACGAAGAGUUUGAAGCCGCGCUAAAAAAAACCGUUCAAUAAACUGGGCAGAACUUAACUGUCAAUGAUCUAUUCCAACCCGCCAAUGUUGCAGCCUAGCGUAAAGAUCUAAGCAAUGAUUCGAAUGAUUUCCAAGGCAAUUAGCUUAAAAUGAUUUGGGAAAACGUAAGGGCGGAAAUCGAUAAGGGUUUGGAGGCCCAAGCCUCUUCUCUAGAGGACUCAGUAUUGUCAGCGGUGCGGUCGCAAGCACAAACUCCAGCGCCCGCUUUUUUGGGUCAUCCCGAACACAUCCGGCAACUGCUAGCCACAGGGCGCAUAAACGAUGCAUUCGUUAUAGCUCUUCAGUCCAACGAUUUGAAACUAUAGUGUGAUUCACAAUAAAGCACGCCAAUUACAAACAGGUGUUCAAUCCAUGUGCUCUAGAACAACGGAUACUGCUGUCACUGAUUCAGCAGAUUGCAGCCGACAUGUCCAAUAUUAACGACCUUAAGCACAGGUUUCUCUCUGACGCCAUCGUUAAUCUGACCUUCUUCGACCACAUUAUGAAUGAACACAUUCAUAAGGUCCUGCAGGAGGUAGCUCGUAACAUACAGGCAUUUUUGUCAAUGAAUCCCGAACACGUACUUGCUACCAGACUUAAGUUAUUAAUGAUUGCCAUCCAAGGCUGUAAAUAUGCCUGAUCUUUGUGGAGGCAACACCAGUAAAAGGUUCGCGAGGACCUGGUAAUGUUGAGCCGGCAGUUUGAAGAAAAAUAAAUAAGCUGCUUUUAAACCCGCAUCUUUUUUCUUUUUCCAGUUGAAAACAUCCCAAUUCUAGUAUUUUAAAGAAAAAAAAUUACCUGUUUUCCUUCCAUUCUGCGAUAUGGUUUAAAAUAAACCGUUUUUUCAACUUCUCCGCAAUAAUUUCUUGCGGUUAAAAAGUAACCAUAUUUCCACUUCUCAAAAGAAGUCAAAAAAUGAUUUCUAUGGAAGCAGUCAAAAAAUCCCUUAACGCGGAAGGGUGUGAAAAUGGUUACUUUUUAACGAUAAUUGGUUAAAGAAUUUCGAGCGUGUUGGCGUUGUGUUGACUGGCUUCAGGCUGGCAGCCUCCAUUUAUUUCAUUUCGAAUUGGCGCUGAAAGUUGUCUACAUUCUAUUCCUGUAAAAAACGGUGAAAUAGAUUCAAAAAGAAAAGUGUCAGUGCGUGAAAAGUCGAUUGUUGGUGCCUUAACGAUUGUUGCUGCGUAUAAGGUGUAUGUACAACAUGAACACUCUACGCGGUUAUUUGAAAAAGGCAGUAUCUGAAGCUGAGCCGUCUUUUGUAAAAAUAGACGACAAUAAAACUCAGACUGGGCCAGAAAACGGUCAAAAGAAACAGGAUGUAAAUAAACGUAAGAAACGGCGUAGUCGAGCUGCCAAUAGCUCUCUGGAUGACAGCAAAACAUUAAAUCAAGAUUUGAAAACAACAAAAACACCUAAAAAGAAAAAAAGAAAUGUUUCAAUUGAUUCGAUCCCGGAUGAGUUUUGGGAAAUAACUUUUACGCAAGAACAAACACAAUGAAUAUCGUUCUUAUCAAUUAAAAUUCGCUUAAUUUUAAUCAAAAUCAAUGUACCCGAACGACCCGGGUGGUUAAAAGGUCUCUUAUAAAUAAUAAUAAUAAUGUUAAGAGUAAAGAUGCGAGUUGAGAAUAAAUUAUAAUAAAAAUGACAAUGAUUAUACAAAUCAAUAUUUUUACCCCACUUUUAAAGAAAAUAUUCCAAUUAAAAAUUCGUAUUCAUAUUCAGACAACAAUGUACACACGAAGGCUCUACAUUACGGCUUUUCGAUCCAUUGCUUCCUAAAUAUGCAAAUUUAAGGCGAGAA